UAUAUUGUAUGACAAGUGUGGCGAUCUGUCACCCUGUAUUCUCAACAAGGGCAGGUUUGAGGGAGGCUCCAGGGACGUAAGCGUGUUUGAUAUGGAGGUGAAAGAUGGGGCUUUUCACCUUCCACCAUUUGUGUUUGUAGUAAGGUCUGUUUUGGGAUCUGGAGCCUGGAGAUUUCAAAGAGAUCUGGGAGGGAUGAAAUCUCCAAUCCUGGGACCAGGUUUUGGGAUAGGCCAGGUGGGGACUGAUUGCACCCAGGUGUGUGCAGGCCUUUAGAGAGAGUCCAGGACCAGGGUAUCUGGGCUCCACUCCGGCAGCUAGGAGUCAGCAGGGCUCCACCACACAGGCAGCUAGGAGUCAGCAGGGCUCCACCCCCGGCAGCUAGGAGUCAGCAGGGCUCCACC